AUGCCCCUGAAUGGGACCAGCCGUUAUGCCCAUAUGCGAACCCCAGCAUGGCUCAAUCCAUCCCCUCAACCAUCAUCAGAUGCACAGAAAGAACGCCGCCGACCGAAUGAUGCACUGCUUAGCGAUCCUAAUUCCGAUAUCCUCAUCGACUUCAACUCGCAUCAAGGUCUCUACGAAGCGGCAAAGAAGAAGAAAACAAAAACACCUUCUGCUCCUCCUCCUCCUCCACCACCGCCGCCGCCUGCGGAUCCACCAGCAGACGACGGUCAAAAGGAUGACAAUACCGGAGGAGAUGGAGGAGCCAGUGGAGGAGACGCUGCAGGCGGCGCCGGCGACGGAAAUGGUAAUGGCAACAGCAACUCGCCCCCAAAGCCUCCCACAACAUUCGAGAAUAUCAAUCUUGGAGAUAAGAAACUGGAUCUUGGUUUGAGCCCACCAGAUCCAAGGGCAAUUCCAGUUCAUGGGCGCGAAAUUGGCUUUGCACCGGCACCGCCGCCGCCACCACAAGAAAGCAAGGCUGAAGAGAACCCCUGGGACAAACCUAAAGAUAAAAUAGGAGGAAUUGAAGAAGAUGACGAUGGUUGGGGCUUGGGUGCCAAGAAAGAGAAGAAGAAGGCUUCCACGCUCUGGGGCGCUGAACCCGACGAGGGACCAAAAGAUGGUGACGAUCCUUGGGGUUGGAGUGGUCAAAAAAAGAAGGGCAAAGCUGGUGGCAUCCUGGAAGAACUUGCCCUCGAUUCUGAUACUGCAUCUCCGAACGGAAAGAAGGAUAUUUGGGAUACCUGGGGAAUAUCCAAAAAAGACCGGGCCAAGAAGAAGGGAAUCAUGGAAGAAGUUGCUUUGGCAGCUGCACCUGAACCCCCUUCAAUGGAAGAUCAGUGGGGUGGCUGGUCUGGGAAAAAGGAACAUUCACAAAGUUCACUUUGGGGGGCUCAAGAUUCAAUACCUGCACCUGCACCUGACCCCCCAUCGUUUGAAGACAAGGAUGGUGACGACUUUUGGAGUACUUUUGGCACUGGGAAGGCAAAACCUUCACCAGAGGAGACGAGUGGAUGGGGAGCAUGGGGUAUAGGAAAGAAAGAGCCGCCUAAGAAAGAAGACGACGGUUGGGAUCUAUGGGGAACAGGUAAGAAAAAGAAGAAAGCUGGCGACUUGAUUCAAAUAGAGGAUAAUAUUCCUCCUCCCGCCCCCGAUCCCGUCGAGGCUGUUGGCAACGACGACCUCCUCGACUCUUGGGGUUUUGGCAAGAAGCCCAAGAAACCGGCCGCUGACCCGUUCGAUUUCAAAACUUCCGGCGCCGAUGAUCCUAACGAUGCUUUUUGGGGCUCAAUAGACAACAAGAAGCCUAAUGCACAUGAGUUUCUUAUCGAUGCUACUGGUGAGCCAUAUCAUGAUGUUGAGGAAGGGUUGAGAAGCAAGGCUCGAGAUGAUGUCAUAUGGAAAAAUCAACAGGAGUUGGAUUUCAUCCCCCUGGGCGGAGAAGUUGUAGAACGUCGAGAACUCGCCUUGUCUGACUGCCCUCCCCCAAUAUCAACCCCCAACAUUUGUAGAACUAGCUGA